AACUUCAUGAUUUUUCAAAACGAAUGCAUAAGAAGCCGAUUCAAUGUUGGCGGAUGUCUUUAUUUUAAUUCGAAUAAAGAACGCUAACAAACCUUUGACAUUUUCGUAAAAGCGAGAUAAGAAUAACACAAUUUGGGACGCAUCACAUUGAGCUAGUCAAUCGGCGUUCUUCGCGUCGUCAAAAUGGUUCCGAAAAUGAACGUCAAAAUACUGUUGAUCGUAAUAGUUUGUACAUUUCUGCUAAAAUCAGCUGAUUCCUGCGAUCGCCGGCGCAAAAGCUACCACGUGUACUACGACCGGUACGUGGACUUUCUGGGAGCAUGGAGUGCCUGCCACAGUUUUGGCCAACGGUUGGCCACCAUCACCUCGGAGGACGACGCCCGAUUGCUGAAGCAGGCCAUUGCCAAAACGGCCCGAACGUCGAUCUUCUACGUCGCGGGGUACGAUACGGGAUACAAUGGGAAGUGGGUGUGGUUUCCGUCGAAUACGGAGAUCACUGGAUACUCGAACUGGUACACGGGACUGCCGGAUCUUCACGGGGAACGCUGCCUGGAGAUUGGUCGGUUUGGGGGAAUUACUUGGAACGAUAUCAGCUGUUGCACGCAUUUGCAUUACAUUUGUGAAGAGAGUUUAACGUUUUCAGAUUCUUUCGAAAUUAUGGACCCUGGUCCAAACCUGGUGAAACGAUACUACGUGCAUUACGAUAAGCACGUGGACUUUCUCGGUGCGUGGAAUGCAUGCCUCAGGUAUGGCCAACGGUUGGCAACCGUAACCUCGCAGGAAAAAGCGAACCUGCUGCAGGAAACGCUGGACAAGGUUCAGCGAAAGUCCAUCUAUUACAUUGCCGGGAUAGACACGAACGGAGAUAACAAGAACUGGGUUUGGGUGUCGAGAAAUAACGCCAAGGUAGCCGGGUACACCAAUUGGCACCUUGGCCAGCCGGAUAAUGUGUACGAUCGGUGCAUCGAAGUUGGGCGGUACGGGAAGUGGACCUGGAACGAUGUCAACUGUUGCACGCCGCUCUAUUAUAUUUGUGAAGAUUAGGGCUGAAGAUUUGUUGUGCUUUAUGUUUGUCUUCUGUUUGUAUGAAAUAAAAUUAUUUUCAAGAUCUGACUAUUUUGAUAAACUAAAAAAAAAAUAUAUUGGUAAAAUCGUGACAGAUGUCGAACAUGGUUGACUCAAUUUGUGUUUAUCAACGCAUUUUAAAUAAAAUUAUUGUUUGAAGCUCGA